UGACUGCAGAACAAAAAAACCGAACUAUUCCUAUUCCUAUUCCUAUUCCCACCCUUUUUAGCAUACAAUCCGCCACACUCAAUCACCGCCCAAUUCCAUUAACCAACUAAACUUUCCUCCUUACGUCUGCAGUCAAGAAGUGCCAGCAAACAAACCACCAACCAACCCAACACCCGCCGUUACCUCCAUCGGCCGCUGCACGCCACCUCUCUUAACGUUUUUGAUAUCGACACCCCCCCUUCUCUUUCGCGGUUUCGUACCGAAUUCGAUACUUUCAAACGCGCCAUUUCUAUUAUAUUCUAUUGGAUUGGAUCUCGGAAAGUGAUAUAUACAUUUUACUUUUUUCUUCUUCUCUCUUCUUCUUCUCUCUUCAGAGGUAAUUGAGGCGCGAAUUGUUUGCGUCUUGAAUAUAAUGCAAGGAGAGGGAUUAUUAGUUCAAGAAGAUGAGAGGAGUAGAAGUUUGGAGCCUGAAACCUCUGAGGAUGAGUGGCGGAAAUCUCGAGCUAGAUCUCUUAGGAGAAGAGCAAUGACUGCUUCAACGAGGCUCACUUAUAGUCUCAGGAAGCGUAAUAAACGUGUAGCGGAUUAUCAAUUUGAUUCAAUUUUUAUAGAAGAUGUUCGAGAUGCCAAAGAGGAAGAAGCCGUGAAUUCAUUUAGACUGGCAUUACUUACAAGAGACCUGCUUCCCGAUUCCCAUGAUAAUUAUCACACAAUGCUGAGGUUUCUGAAGGGCAGAAAAUUUGACCUUGAUAAAACGGUCCAGAUGUGGGCAGAUAUGCUCCAUUGGAGAAAGGAGUAUGGAGCAGACUCUAUUUUACAGGAUUUCGUAUAUAAGGAGUUUGAAGAGGUUCAGCGUUAUUACCCUCAUGGUAUGCACGGUGUGGACAAAGAGGGGCGGCCAGUGUAUAUUGAGAGACUUGGCAAAGUUGAUCCCAUCAAGUUGAUGAAUGUCACCACAAUAGAUCGAUUUUUAAGAUAUCAUGUUCAGGGAUUUGAAAAAUUGUUUCAAGAGAAAUUCCCUGCAUGUUCUAUAGCAGCAAAGCGGCACAUUGAUAAAACAACUACAAUAAUUGAUGUGCACGGCGUGAAUUGGUUGAGCUUUAGCAAAAUUGCACAUGAACUUGUUAUGCGCAUGCAAAAAAUUGAUGGUGAUAACUACCCUGAGACAUUAAACCAGAUGUUCAUUGUCAAUGCUGGUAGUGGGUUCAAGCUAGUAUGGAAUACAGCAAAAGGAUUUCUUGAUCCGAAGACCACAGCCAAAAUAAUUGUUUUGGGCAGCAAGUUCCAGAGCAGAUUGUUAGAGGUUAUAGACUCAUGCCAACUUCCUGAUUUUCUGGGUGGAAGUUGUUCAUGCCCAAAUGAUGGAGGAUGUCUUACAUCUAACAAGGGACCUUGGAAUGACCCUUCCAUUUUGAAAUUGUUAAACUCUAGAGAAGAAACAAAGCCAACGAAAUUUGGAAGUUCUUCUGUUGCUGAUAGAUUAGACACAGAGUCGUAUCCUAGCAUGGUCACUCAUAAAUUGGUUACAAACACUGAAAUAUCUGAACCUGGAUCAACGUCAGAAGCAACAUUGAUUCCUUCAACCUUUAUGCAAUCAGUUCCUUCUAGCGAGAAUAAAAGGAUGAGAGACCGUGCACCUAUCUGCAACCUAGUUGAGCCAAACAAUGAUGCCAAAGAAGUUGGUGAUGUUGAUUUACCAAGGGGUUCAAGCAACAAUAUUUCAAGACAACCAAAGAAGCUAAUUUCCUAUGUCCGGAGUACAUUGGAUCAAAUCAUAGUCAAAGUGUUAGCUUGUAUAUAUGUAGUAUUUGCCGCACUUGGAAAUUUUUUUGUGGUUCGCUCUGUCAACAACCAACCAAGAAGCCAUCAGAAAAUCCAGCAUGUGGAAUCCAGCUCUCUUGAACCAUUAACCACCCCGGAUAUAAAGGAGCCAAUUUGGCAGAGGUUGCGGGAUUUGGAGGCAGUAGUGACUGAGAUGGCUAAUAAACCGAGAACAAUUCCUCGUGAGAAAGAGGAUAUUCUUCAAGAGUCGUUGAGUCGUAUAAAAGGAAUAGAAUUUGACUUGCAAAAGACAAGGAAGGCACUGCUUGCAACUGCUUCAAAGCAAGCUGAGCUUGCUGAGUCACUGGAAAGCUUAAAAGAUAACAAAUUUGAUGGGACAAAAUCAUGUUGGCCUAAAAAUAGUAAAUAUGCCCCUGGAAGAUGAGUAUACCUCUCUACAUCAUACGUUUGCAAAGCUUGCCAGUAUAUUGUUUUUGAUACUCUGCGGCUGAAUUACUACCGGAUCUAAACUUCUCUUGACUUAUAUAAAGGAUUUAUUCUCAUAGGUGACUUUACUUCUGUGAUAUAUCCACAGGAUUUUGUACUCACACACACACCCUGGAAGAAAUGGAAGUAUCUUGUAAUACCCAUCUUUUCAGGUUUGAGGAAUGAGAUAUGGGGAGUAGACAGCCCCAAUCUAUUCAAGGCAGCAAGAAGUUUUUAUGAGGGCUCUGGACUCUGAGUUAUUCCUCUCAAUAGGUAUUAUUAUGUCAACCACAUUGUUUUCUUACUACAUUUCCUGUACAGAGAGUACAUAGCUACAAAAAAUGCUACUCAAAUUCAGAUGUAUUUAUUUUAAUACUAGUAGCAUUUAUAUGCAAAAAAAAAAAAGGAAACUUUUCAGGUGAUACAUAAAUACAUAGUGACUGUUGUACUUUACCUUGGACUUGAUGAAUAUAUCUUUCUGUUUUCUAGUGUUUA